CUGCCCGAGGCCGCUCCAUUGCCCCUUCCCGGCGCUAUGGCCUGUGGGCUGGCCCAAGAUCUCCCUGAGGCCCUGCUCGCCCCAGCGCGCCCUCCAGGCGCGAAGAUGUCCUGAUCUGAGCUGGGACUCACCAUGUUCCGGCGCCAGCUCGCGGCGGGGACCCCGAGGUGUCCCGAAGGGGCCGCCCCACGCCGCUCCGCUCCGCUGCUGCUGCCCUCGCUGCCCACGCCCGACGUCCGUGCCGGGCGAGGCGCAGUGGGUUCGUGGUGGCAGGACCGCGAGUCCCAGCGCCUGCCCUGCCUGUCCCCCGGGACCCUGAGGGUGGCGCCGCGAAGCCGCGGGUCGCUGCACAAGCUGCUGUUGCCGCCGCUGCUGCCAACCAGCGCGGCUCGCCGGGCGGGGACCGAGACAAUCCUGCCGUCCGCGGCCCGGGAUAACUCUGACGCCCUAGACGCGCUGCUGCGGGAGCUGCUGCCCAGCAAGUUCCGAGACUUCCUGCACAAUCUGCGGGCCAAGAGUGCGGAGCCUGAGGCUCACCGUGAGCCCGCGGGGGGGCGGAGGGAGGGGGAGGCGAGUCUAGGGUCCCCCAACGAGGACCGUCCCCAGCUCACUGGGCGUUCCUCCUGUCUCUUCUCCUUUUCCUUCUCCUCCUCUUCUCCCCUCCCAGCACCCUCAGCGCCACAGUACCCCAAGGGUGCAUCAGAUCACUGCUUAGGUUCUCGUUGUCCCAGCUCCUCAUUCCUCCCAGGCCUGUGGGAUCAAUCAUUGCACUGGGAAGACAGUUUUAGAGAGAAACCUACCCUGGGGCCCCCAAGAGGUGAAUUCAUCACCGCCAAAAAGGCAAACCCGCCCUCAGGAGAAGGUUCGAGGCCCCGCAGACGCUAUUGUCCUUUCCGGGUGCGGUUUGCAGACGAGACCCUGCAGGACACGGCACUCCGCUACUGGGAGCGCAAUCGUGCAGUCCGGCAGAAUAUCUUUCCGUGUGAGCAGACGGCUUUGCCAGCUGUGUCUGUGUCAGAGCGGGUGCUUGGGAGUGUUGGGAGAUGGUUGGACAGUCUGCCCGUAGCCCUGCGUCCCAGGGUCCAAGACACUGUGGCUGGCUCAGCAUGCUGGAACUGCCCUCGAGUGUCAGCUCAGGAACCACAGCUCUACUUUUCUGAGGACGCCACCAUGAGCAGCCGCCUACCCUUCAUCUCCGGGGCCACCGCUACCCCAAGGCCACGGGGAGGCCUCCAAACCUUCUUGGACACCCCUAACACUGUGCAGCAGGAGUCCUUUCUGCCCAGCUUGGUGCUGCAGUCCGUCCUGAGGCAAGGCCGCCCUAAAGGCUACCAGCAGCUCCAGCCGAGCACAAACCGGCGGCAGGCUCAGAGGUGAAUGCCUGCCAGAGCCCCACCCCCAACCCCGCCCUGGGGUAUACCCAGGCCAGGCCACGAUGAGAAUGCUCCACAAA